CUGAGAGAUAAAUCCUAAAGUAUUAAUCCCUUUUACCUGGAGCGAGAGGACCGAACAAACAUUAUUAUGCAGUGUAUCCGGGGAAAGCCCUCCUUUUAGCUUCACGUGAUCGAUGCGUCGUUUCAGUGUGUGACACUCGAUUAAUGCAGGGUCAAAAAUACACCGUCAACUCCCUGCAAGUUGGGGUUAUUGUUUUCCUGCGGUGUAGCGAUUAGGUUUGUUGUGAUCCUUACCUCCCUCCGGCAAUGGGAUGCUGUGGAAGCACAGAGAGGACAAAAAGAGAAUGGAAACCACUGGAGGACCGAAGCUGCACGGAUCUGCCGUGGUUCCUGUUAUUCACAUUGUUCUGUGUAGGAAUGUGUGGAAUCUGUGGUUUUACCAUCAUGACUGGAGGGGCGGCACGGCUGGUGUUUGGAUAUGACAGCUACGGGAACACAUGUGGCCAGCGCAACGAGGCCAUCGAAGGGGUCCGGCUGAGUGGUCUUGACCACACAGACAGAAAAUAUGUCUUUUUCCUGGAUCCCUGCAACAUAGACAUCAUCCAGAGGAAGAUUAAAUCCAUGGCGCUGUGCGUUUCACAAUGUCCCACAGAGGAACUGUCGACUUACUUCGACCUCAAGAGGUUUGCCAUGAUGAAUGGGUCUGAGCUUUGUUCAUAUGAGUUACCUGGUCAUAAGUACCCACAACUUCCCGAGCGCUUCGACAAGUGUCCCAAACUUCCAGUACCAGAGAGCAAAGCUCUUCCAGUAUUUAACCGCUGCACGCCGGUGGAUAUCUCCUGCUAUGCUAAGUUUGCUGAAGCGGUGGUGACGUUUGUCAGUGAUAACAGCAUGUUAAACAGACUGAUCGCCGGGGUGGCGGCCAGCAAAGAGAUCAUUGUCGGGCUUUGUCUGCUGGCGCUAGUUCUGUCCAUGAUCCUCAUGGUGAUAAUCCGUUACAUCUCUGCUGUCCUGGUUUGGAUCCUCACUGCAAUGGUGGUUCUGGGUUCUCUGGGAGGCACCAGCGUUCUGUGGUGGUUAUAUAUCGACUACAGAAUGACAACGAAUGAAACGAUAUCUAAGGACUUGAAGGAAUUAGAUGAGGCCAAUGGUGACAUAAAGCCCCCGAAAAACCACGCUCAAGGUCUUCUCAUCUACGCAGUUUCAGCGACUGUGUUUACGGGAAUUUUGUUGCUUCUGAUGUUGUUCAUGAGGAAAAGGGUGGCCCUGACCAUUGCCCUUUUCCAUGUGGCAGGAAAAGUGUUUAUUCACCUUCCACUGCUGGCACUACAGCCCUUCUAUACUUUUCUCGCUCUUUCUGUAUUCUGGGUCUACUGGAUACUGGUCCUUCUCUUCCUCGGCACCACUGGGAACCCAGAGAAGAAUGAGGACACUGGUUUGGUUGAGUUCAGGCUCACAGGCGCGCUGCAGUACAUGACCUGGUACCACGCAGUGGGUCUGAUCUGGAUCAGUGAGUUCAUCCUGGCCUGUCAACAGAUGACCGUUGCUGGUGCUGUGGUAACCUACUAUUUCACAAGGGACAAAACCAAACUCCCAGUGACGCCCAUCCUGUCAUCAGUGCUGCGGCUGGUGCGCUAUCACCUGGGCACUGUGGCCAAGGGCUCCUUCAUCAUCACCCUGGUCAAGAUCCCACGCCUCAUCCUCAUGUACAUUCACAACCAACUCAAAGGAAAGGAAAACGCUUGUGCUCGCUGCAUGCUGAAGGCCUGUAUCUGCUGUCUGUGGUGCCUGGAGAAGUGCCUCAAUUAUUUGAAUCAGAAUGCAUAUGCGGCAACGGCCAUCAACAGCACCAGUUUCUGUACGUCGGCCCGUGAUGCCUUCAUGAUCCUGGUGGAAAACGCUCUACGGGUGGCGACCAUCAACACCGUGGGAGAUUUUGUACUGUUUCUGGGCAAGAUCCUGAUUGUGACGUGUACAGCGUUUGCAGGGGUGUUGGCUCUGAACUACCAGAGGGAUUACACGGAGUGGGUGCUGCCACUCAUUAUCGUGUGUUUGUUUGCAUUCCUGGUGGCACACUGCUUUCUGUCUAUCUUCGAAAUCGUGGUGGACGUGCUCUUCCUCUGCUUUGCCAUUGACACCAAAUACAACAACGGCACACCUGGGAGAGAGUUCUACAUGGACAAGGCCCUGAUGGAGUUUGUGGAGAACAGCCGGAGGUCAAUGGCGAUGGAGGAGCGGGGGCGCAGCAAGCGCGCCCAUCCCAAGGAAGAUGUAGAGUUGACGGAAGUUAAGGCCAUGGCUCCCGGGACAAGCUCUGCUUGACCAAAAUCAGCCCAUGGGACUUUUUAAAGACAUUCCAAAAUGUUUAUUUUUACCAAUGUGUAACAUGUUUACUAUGGUUUCACUCCAGGGAAUACAAUAUUUUAAUAAGAAACUGUAAAAAAAAUAAAUGAAAUAACAAUGUAAUGAAGCACUUUAUAUUGGAGCGCUGCAUAUUUUAAAAGGCUGAUGCAUUUUUCGUAGUGAUGUCCUUUUUAUAAGACUAAAAAAAACCAGUUGCCAUCUAGUGAAACACAGUAUUAAUAAUAUCUAGAAUCACUGUUUUUAUUAUGUAUAGUUUUCAUAACAAACCUUUUUUAAAUUGGUUUUCUUUGCGUAAAUGGAAAAAAAAUAACCACGUCAUACUGCAGUGCAGCACUUGUUUUUUUCUUCUUUUAAUCUAAAUACUGAAGCAUCUAUGCUUUUAUUUCUUACGUUUUAAAAAAGACUUAUGCUUAGCCAUGUUGUUUUACAAAAUAAUUUUACCAUGCCUGAAAAUGAAGAUCCCUGCAUUUAACAUCUGUGUAAAAAGGUUGGUUGAUUUCCCUCCAAUGUUUUUUUUUGUUUGUUUCUGAGUUACGACAAAACUUUAAAUGUCCUUUUUUCUUGCUGUGACUGUUAGUGUUGUGAGACAUUGGCCUGGUUGCAUUAUACUGAAAGAUAGAAGGAAGAUAAUGGUUUUAAACUACAAUCAGCUGCUGCUGUAACUAAGGAUAUGAGUGGAAUUUAAAAAUACACUCUUAAUGUAUGG